AAGAGGCGAGAGACACAACGAUGUUAUACCUGGGACGCCUGGUGUUGGCGAACACCUGCUCCACAUUGGUAUCCCCCUGAUGCCUUUGUCCAGCCAACGGAUAUAAUACACGCGUACCUCGUCGAAGAGACGCCAUAAACAUUAUUAACUACGCGAUGUUGACCUUGUGUUUAUUAACGAUUAUUGCUAUAUUGAAAACGAUCAACGGUGUUCCAACAGUCCCUUUAAAUAACGAAAAUCUUGCGAGCACAGUGAAAUUAUUGCAAGAACAAGUUAACGCACUUCUUUAUCAUCGUCAAGAGGAUUACAAUGCCUUAGAAGAAAGUUUGAAACAUGCCAUAGAGAAAAAUACGGAAUUGGUUGUACUAAGAAAGGAAGUCGACUUAUUGAGAAAAGAAGUAAAUGAGCUAAGAGGCGGAAGUGGCAACGAGGCGAAAAACGAGCGUUUGAGGGUGAGAUGGUUAGGUAGUGCAGUAACCGAGUUACAGAGCGAAGUCGCCGAAGUUCUAAGAACAAGAAAUGCCAGUGAGGAAUUAGCAGAAAGAUCAAGGAUGCGAAGCGAGCUAUCCCUUUUGAAGGGUGACGUUGCCGAGGUAGGAAGAGGCAUUCGUAAUCUUGGUGGUCGCAUUGCCAAGUUCGAAGCUGCCCUGGGGACAAUUCGCAUCGAUAUCACAGCUAUGAAGGAACGUGCCAGCAAGCUGUCCCGCACCUGCGCCGAUGUCGCCAGUCAGAUCGGUACUAUGCAGAUCGAAUUGAAAUCAUUGAAAUGCGACACACCGAACGAGCACAGAUCCCAUCGGUUUUCCGUUCAUCGACACGAGGACAAGUUACGCGAAGACAAUGAAAUCAAAAAUGAAGUGCUGCACGAAAAUAGGAAAAGGCAUAGCUAUUCGAGACCUUUAGUACAUCGUAUAGAGGAACGUCUCACAAAUCUAGAACAUAAAAUUUCUUUAGUAUCGAGAAAACGUGGUAUGAUAGAGAAGAGAGUGGUAUAUGAAAAUCAGGAUUACUUGAAUAGUCGUGUAGCUAAUUUGGAGACCGCUCAAGAACAAUUAUCUCUACUUUUGAAAAAUAUGAGUAAAGAAUUGUCCUCGACCAGUAAGCUUAGCGAAACGAUGGUUGAAUUAUUUGAAACUGUACAGACAUUGGAGGACAAGGUCGAUGGUAAUGGAUCAGAUACUAAAAGAGAAAUCGCAAGAUUGGAUAUUAACGCCGCGAGAAAAGCAGCUGAAUUGUCGUUGACUAGAGAAGAAUUAUCGAAUCUUCGAAGAGCUGUUCAGGCGCUCAGUGUGAGUGCCUCUAAGCUCCAAGAAAGAAGCGAUAGACAUCAAAUAUCUAUCGAUUCACUCAACGAUACCCUUAAUCAUCUUGACUUAUCGUCAUCUAUAGAAAAAGCAAGUAACAUAACUCACGAGCUUGAGCAGGUGGAAGAUCAGUAUCGCUUGAUCGUCGAUGCCUUACCAGGUAAUUGCGACGAAAGAGAUGGCCUUACUCUCCUUGCACCUGGUCCAGGUGCACCGUUACUAGCCUCGUGUCAUAAGGGAUGGAUCGUUAUCUCAAGACGCAUCGACGGUAUGAUCGAAUUCGAUCGUACCUGGAACGAUUAUGCAGCGGGUUUUGGUUCACCGGUUAAUGAAUUUUGGAUAGGCAAUGAAGCUCUUCAUAGACUUACCCGAGACAAUUGCAGCAGGUUGAAAAUCGAUCUGAUGGAUAUAUAUGAUACACAUUGGCACGCAGAAUAUGAAUACUUUAAUGUUGAUACCGAAGAAUCCGGUUAUAAGCUCCAUGUUUCCGGUUAUUCCGGAAAUGCAACCGACGCAUUGUCCUAUCAGAACAAUAUGGCCUUCAGUGCUAAGGACAGAGACAUGGAUAUUAGUUCCACCGAUUGCGCGGCUAAUUAUCACGGUGGCUGGUGGUUCAGCCAUUGUCAGCAUGCUAAUUUAAAUGGUAAAUACUCGUUAGGGCUUACUUGGUUUAAAUCUAACACGAACGAGUGGAUGGCUAUCGCUUCCUCAGAAAUGGCGAUACAAAGAAAACAGAACUGCCGAUAAUUUUCUUAGGUUCAUUUUUUACCUUUAAUCGAUUUUGCUAUUAAGGGCCAACUAAUUAUGAUAUUACCAGCCUUUCUUUUAUUUGGUUCAUUUUUUUUCGCAAAAUUGAAUGUCAGAAUUCAAUAGGCGACAACGUUAAUAUUAUUUUCACGUGCUUGCAAAAACUUGAAAUAUUUAUUUAUUUUAUGUAAUUUGCAAGACAUUCAAUUCUUCGCUAUUCUAAUACCAAAGAAUUGUAUUAAGUCCAUUGUAAAUAAAUUUAUUGUAUAGCUGAAUGCAUGCGAUGCCAGACGAUAUAAUCGAACUUAAUACAAAGUUACAAACAGGAUCAGAGUGAAAGUAAAUAUAUAUAUAUGUAAUAUAUAUAAAUGUAUAUAUAUAUAAGUAUUUUUAAUUUAAAUAAAUUGAAUACAUUUUA